UGCAAGGAGACAUCUUUUACUAAAUCCAAAUAGCCAAUCAAAUGUGUUUCUCCUCGACUUCGACGUCUCGGAUUGGUCCGUUCAACUUGAAGGCGACUGGGCGCGUGUUCGACAGAAGUCCCAAGCCAUGGAGAGCUGGCCCGAGGGAAUUAGGAGGUGCUUCAAGGCGACGAACCCCAUGGAGAUUUUGCGAUGCCCUCCUUUGCCGCGAAGGCAUUUGGAGACUGCAGCUUUGUACGCACGAAAUCUUUACCGUUCGCGACAUCACCGGUCAUGGCAUUUUCACGUGUCGGCUUCCUCGAAAGAGAUGGCUGUCGAAGAACGAGGUGCAUCGUGCCUUCUCGCUCAGUUUGACCCGCGAGAUGUGGAUGCAUGAAGUAGUGCUGAGCCAUGCCGAAGUACGUGGUGCGGAAGUCGGACGGCGGGGACCGCUCCUUGUUAAAGAUCCAGUGGUUAGUGCGGAGUGCGACACUCUCGUCCAAGCACAAGCACACCUUCUGCCCACGAGCUGGAACGGAUUUAACGCACGUUAAACGACCUCCA